AGUACUAUCAGAUAAAGAAUUAGACUGCAACUGCCAAGCUCAGCAAUUUAUCCAAUGGGCUCGAUCAAACUGUAUUGAAGUUAUAGCUACAUGUUCUCGACCAUAUCAUCUAAAAGGCAGUCCUGUCAGAAUUUUGUAUGAUCAAGAUCUCGGCUGUGCAGUCGCAAUAAGACUUUUUUUACUUUAUUUUACAAUUAAGCAGAAACAAAGCAAGGAGAAAGUAGAUCUCGAAGAAAAAGAUCUCCAGACGACCUUUCAUAUGCCUCCUCAGAUAGAUUUUACUUUUAUACCUGAUGAAAGCUAUUUUACUUUUCAAGAUGAUAAUCUUGAUUGUAAAUAG